CGCGCGGCAGGCUCAAUAUGGCGGCCUCCAUAGAGCGCCUAGUGCAUAGAGUAGGCGAGGGGCAGCGACCGACUGCUUUGGUGGUUUUUUCUAUGGUGCUGCUCCGCUGCUUUCUGGGAGUUCAGGGUCACGCCGUAGCUUGGAAUUCAUUGAACGAUGACUUGUUACUGCCAUAUCCUCCACCUCGACACGGUCCGCGGCAUCACCAUCGCUAUGUUCGGGACUGUCAAGCUCUCCAACAUGGCAACACAACACACGAGUCCUGGCCUAGCAACAACAGCACUGUCUCUCCACUGACUGUCACAAGCACCUUCAUCUCUGACAUCCCUCCAAAGGGUCAGAAUAGUCGACAUGUCUACGGCCAUCUCACUACAGUGAGGGACCCCCUGAGGACAUUCUCUGUGCUGGAGCCUGGUGGGCCAGGGGGCUGCCGUAAGCGCAGCCGAGCAACGGUGGAAGAGACUGCCAGGCACGGCAAGUGCCUUGUGGCCCAGAAUGGGGGGUACUUCAACACGAAAACCGGAGAGUGCCUUGGGGAUGUUGUGAGUGACGGGCAUCUCAUCCAGUCCUCCGGAGGGAUUCAGAAUGCUCAUUUUGGCAUCCGGAAGGAUGGCACCCUAGUCUUUGGCUACCUCUCCGAGGAAGACGUGUUAGCUAAAGACAACCCCUUUGUGCAGCUUGUGAGUGGGGUGGGGUGGCUCUUGCGAGAUGGGGAGGUCUACGUGAAUCAGAGUCGGGCGGUGGAAUGUGACGAGACGCAGGAAACAGGUACGUUUGACAAGUUCAUCAAUACCGUGUCUGCCAGGACAGCCGUGGGGCACGACAGGCAAGGACAGCUGGUGUUGGCACACUUUGAUGGGCAGACCCAUACAAGGGGCCUCAGCCUUUGGGAUAUGGCUGAUUUCCUGAAGCAGCAAGGCGUUGUCAAUGCCAUCAACUUGGACGGCGGAGGGUCUGCAACCCUGGUCUUAAAUGGAACGCUGGCUAGUUACCCUUCAGAUCACUGCGAACCUUACCCCAUGUGGCGCUGCCCUAGGCAGGUUUCGACUAUCCUGUGUGUCCACGAACCUGCCUGCCAGCCUCCGGACUGCAGUGGGCAUGGGCACUGCGUCCUUGGGGAAUGUCAGUGUGAUGGAGCUCUCUGGAGAGGAUCAGCAUGCAAUGUCUUGGACUGCGGCCCUUCCAACUGCACCCUGCAUGGAAUCUGUACAGAAGAGGGAUGUCUUUGUGAUGCUGGCUGGCAGAGCCCCAACUGCAGUGAAGCCUGUGCUCCUGGUUCCUAUGGCGACGGCUGCCUUCAGAAAUGCCUCUGCCUCAAUGGUGGUGCCUGUGACCCUGUCCAUGGAACUUGCAAUUGCUCAGCUGGCUACCAAGGCACGCAUUGCGAAGAAGCCUGCCCCAGCGGACGGUACGGGCCAAACUGCCAGGAUGCCUGUCCCUGCCCAAACCAGCGUCCUUGUGAUCGGAAGACGGGCAGUUGCAACAUUUCUGCUGAAUGCCCCCUGCCUGGCGACGUAGACAGAGAGCAGUGCUUGCUGAAGGCCAAUGAGAAAGGUGUGCUCCUUGGGUUUACAAUGAAGGGAUGGAUUAUAGGAGUCUUAUCUGUGCUGCUUCUAAUUAGUGCUGCGUUCAACAUAAAGCACUUUUGCUGCAGCAGCUCCACAGGCCGACAGAACUGUAAUGAUUACUUCUCCAGGCGUCCCAACAGUUCCCACUAUGAACUGUUAGGGAAAUCGAACAGUUUUCCACUUGCAGGAGGAGAGAAUGAAGACUACACAGAAGACGCAGAGACCUAACACAGACGGCUGUGAUCCUUUGAUGUGAGAACCAGCAGGAGGCCCCAUCCAUCACUCUUAUGUGAUGGCACACUGUAGCAGAACCUUCCAGAAGGAACAAGUGGCUUCCACGUAGAACUUGACUACUGCUCCUCUCAUUGGCCUCGCCUAGGGGCAACAAACCUUUUCCCAGUCCAAGGGCCCAUAUUCCCAUCUGGAAACUCCCAGCAGUGAGCAGGGCCUAAGGCGAAAGAGGGCAGAGCAGUUAACCCAAGUUUUACCUUUUUGUGUACUGUAGGCUAGUUUCCACAAACACACCUCUAUAUCCUCCAUCGUGCUAAGCAAGAGGGAAUAUCAGUUAAAGGACACAUUUCAGCUGGCAAAAGAAACUCGAGUUUGAAGCUGGGGAAGUGUGGGGUUUGGGGAAAGGGGUUGCGUCGUGAGGAGGGUCUUGAGGGACAAUAGAGAGGGAUAGAUUUAGCCCCCAAGCCUGAGGUUCCCCACCUUGGACCCACCCUUUCCAAAACGAGCCACUGCCCUUCCAGGUGUUUUAGGUGUGUGUGUGGGGGGGAAGUCUAGAAGUUGCUGGGGCUGGCCUUGACCUUUCUGCUGCUACAGUAAAGGACUCCAAAUAGAAUCCCCUGCUCAUAAAAACAACCACCACAUUACAGUAUGGCCUCCAUGGCUGAUGGUCACAGAUGAGGGAAGUUGUAGCCCAGCAAUAGCAAAAGGGCUGGAGGUUCCCCACCUGUCAUGUGUCAUGAGCCAAAAUGGCUUUCAAAAACUGUGUAACUACCUGUGUUUCCUUGCUGAGAACAGGUGGAUGUAGCCAAAGUGCAGUGGGGCUGUUUAAAAGCCUUCUUGCAAACGCCCCUGUGCCGUUUUGCAGAGACUGCUGCCUUCCUCUCUUUCCCAUGCCUCCUUGACAGCCUGGAUCCGGCCAAAGCCUGUAUGCCUCCGCCCCACUCCCAAUUGGUUUGGGAUCCAGGCUUGGGCCGGCCAAAGCCUGUAUGCCUCUGCCCCACUCCCAAUUGGUUUGGGAUCCAGGCUUGGGCCGGAUCCAAGGCUGUCAAGGGGCAGGACAUUAUUCUGGAGGCAUCCUUACUAAUUUCUUGUAAGUGGUGGUUGUAGCCUUCGCUGGGAAGACUGGCUCUUCUUUUUAAGGUGGAUCCAGAAAACGGGCUCCUUCACAAAUAAUGUUAAACCCUAGUAACAAUUUAACUGGCUUGAUGCAACUGAGCAGUGUGCUGGUUCACAGCGCUCAUGACUUGUUCUUGCAUUCUUCCAGUCUGUGCCAUGCUGGGGGGAGACGUACCAGAGCCUGCCUCAGCAUCACAUGUUGAGAAAGUGCUAAAAGAAUUAAUAAUGGAAACGGGCUUCACUGUGAGGAAUUUUAUUUCCAACUCUGGUUAUCGGAGUGCUUGACUCUUACGCCUUAAGUAGGGUGGCCUAAGUUAGGCCUAUAGCGUACGAUCUUAUGACAAGGUUUUUUAGUAAUAUAUAUGUUGUAAGGUGUAGCUGCGGGUGGGAUUGCCUUCCGGUAAUUUAUUUUAAAGCAGAAAUUAAGACUGUCUCAGCCUGAAUACAUGAGCCGCCUUUUCUUUCUUUUGCACUUUGCCUCUUCCUUUGUAAUGCCAGGGGUCUUUGGCAGCAUAUGUGAAAUGUGAAAUGUUGUGCCACUUUUUAAAUUAUGUGUUUUGUUAGCUUCAAAAUUUGAAGAACAAUUGCAGCAACCGUCCAUGUUUGGUGCAGGGAUAUACUUUUUAUACAAUCAGGGCUAUAUACUUUUUACACAAUAAAGUGACAUUUUUUCCCUCUUGGGUUAUGAACGUUGUCCUUUGAAUAGCUGCAAGAGGGUGCCAGAGGCAUAGUGACAGGAGUCUCAUCCAUUUUCACAUGGUCCCCAGAUACCUUAGUCUACAUACAAAACUGGAACUCUACAAAGGUUCAAAUGCACAAAAAUAUUACUUUAUUUUAGAUCAGAAAUUAAAAACGCAUCUUACUAAAAACUUCCAUCUUACUAUAAAUUACAAACAAAAACUCUAGCAAUGUAGUUAUGUGUUAAGGCCACGUUCGAGAUAGUGGGAAAUAUUGUUUCACUGCCUGUUUUAUGAGCAAUUCCAUUUCUAUCAGCUUUGCACCUCAGAAGCAAACUAUUGCACAAUUGUAAAACAAAAAACAAAAAAAAUUGUAUUGUAAAAAACACAAAACAUUUGCAAAAUCAAACAAAAACAUUUGCAUAGAAACAAUUGUAUUGUAAAAAACAAACAUUUGCAAAAUCUGAAUAAAAAACACUCUAGAACAUCCCUGAUAAUACUCCUUAAAAAUAUUUUUCUUUCUGAAAAAAGAAAGGCAAAUUUGUGCUCACAAAGUUUACACUCAGUGGUUAUCCUUAUCAUGGUCAUGGCUGAUUUUUGUAUGUGAUUUUAUACAUUUUGCCACUGUAUUUGCUGAGAGAAUACAACAAACUGCUGGAGUGUGUGUGUAAUCCCUUCUGGUUCUCAUACAGUCAACCGAAAACUUAGUACAGAGAACCAUAAAAUCAAAAUUUAGUACUGGGACAGAUGAGCGAGGAAUAAUCAACCCUUUUUGAUGUCUCUUUUUUUGGGGGGGGGGCAGGGAGGAAUGUUCAAUGUGUACACAUUUUUAAUGCUAAGAAUCAAGAAACGCAUCCUAAUCCAUAUGUACAGCAAAAUUCCAUCUUACGCACAUUUAACUUGCGUGAUUUGAACCUUACGCAGUUGAAAGCCAGCCAGUUGAAAUCAGACAAAUUGCUUGCACCCGAAAGGGGAGAGCUUAAAAGCUCCUUUUGCACAAAGUUUUCCUGGCCCAGAAAGAGCGUUUAAGCUCUCAGAUUUGCUUACUGGGCUCUGAGAAGUUCUUUUGGGA